AUGAGGAUUCGCAGGGGAUUCAAUGCUCGAGAACUUCUUGCUUCUCUGGCAUCGGACUCACGGGCGUACCAGUACCAGCCUCUCCCUUCGCCUACCUCUAUCCGCUUACUCGAGGUCCAUUCGGCUUCGCCUUGGCCUGAAAGCGGCGCGAGCAUAGGAGUCUCACUGCGCACGUUUUCCGUCGACGAUGCCCCUCCGUUCUAUGCCCUGUCUUACACAUGGGGCUAUCCGUUGAUCCCAGAGUCGCGCCCGUCACGGAGCAGCAAUUGGCGCCGCCUCGCGUUCGUCCAGCGCGUGCAAGCGAGAGCUCCUCGUCUGCUAGAUCCGGAUGGCCACGGAGGACUGGUUACCAGCACUGGGACACCAUCUGCCCCGAGACCGCAGGCCGCGAGUCUCUCAGGACUUCGUACCAAGAUCACAGAAAACACGCCGUGUUUCCCUGUCAAGUGCGAGGGUCGCAAUCUACGCGUCACGGCGAAUCUGCACGAUGCCCUCGCCAUGCUGGCCGGUCGCAAUCUUCGGGAACUGGACGGUCCUGCGGCGGGGCCCAACUACAUUUGGGUGGACGCCCUGUGCAUCGACCAAGCUUCGCUUGCGGAGCGAAAUCAGCAGGUGAACCUGAUGGCGGACAUCUUCAAGGCGGCGCAAGGUGUGGUUGUGUGGCUCGGUGAAGAGGACGACUUUACCCAGGACGCGUGCACCGUGGUGGAAAGAAUCGCCGCUAUCCCGCGAGAGGCGUGGCCUACGGUUCCUUACACGGGAUUUUACGACGAGAGCGGCUCAUGCUAUCGAGAGCUGGGGAUCGAGCCGCUGAGCUAUCAGAACUGGCUUGGUCUGAUCGCAUUCAUGAACCGCCCCUGGUUUUCGAGAUGCUGGGUGGUUCAGGAGCUGGCACUGGCGAGAAACGCCACGGUUAUCUGUGGAAGUCGAGUACUACAGUGGGAGCAACUGGCCAAGACGAUUGAAUUCAUCCGUGCAACGAAGUGGUAUCAUCACUUAUCGACCAAGAAGAUGCGGCAUAUCCGUGCGCUCAGCCGGAAUUCAGGAGCGUACAGAAAGCUGCUGGCAAGCAACACCAGAUUCAGCCUCGCGCCUGUCUACCUCAACAGUACAAGGAAUGUUCUGCAGUCGCGUUCCCAGAAAGACAAAGGUGCGGGCCCGUCGCUGAGGAUGCUGGUUGAUACGCAUAGGUAUACCGCCGCGACUGAUCCCCGCGACAAGGUGUAUGCCUUUCUCAGUCUGUCGAACUCGACAAAGUCGCCCUCAGAGAAGAGGCCCAUGGAGAUCAAGCCAAACUAUCAUACCCCGGUACAGCAAGUGUACACAGAAGCCGCAUGCACUCUUAUCCGGGCCGCUCGGAAUCUGAAUCUGCUGUCCCAUGUGCAAGAUCGAUCGUUGACCAAGAUCAAAGGACUUCCAACCUGGGUUCCAGACUACUCUGUACCUCUCACGCCAUAUCCGCUUGAAUUCCGGGGGAAAUGCAGCUGGUCUGCUUGUGGCGACGUGAAAUGGACACCUCCAGAUGACGAGACAACAUUGCGUCGUGGCUUUUUGCCAGUACAAGGUUUCCACAUCGAUACAAUCGCCGAGAAAGCCAUCAUGCCACAUGAAGCGACAGAUGCUGGCCAGCCAUGGGCCAGUAUUGUGGAUCUAGUUUUCCACCUCCCAAAUCCCUACCGUGUGCCAUCAGUCCGAGGGGCCCCUAUCUCACGCCUCGACGUCCUCUGGCGGACGCUGACCACAAACACAUACUCUCGCCAACAUCCGGCUCCGUCUGCGUGUGGAGGCAUGUUCAUCGACUAUAUCCUCAAUCUGCAGAUACGCCACCGGUUAGCUCCUUGGUCGUCGCAUGACACCGAUUUCCAGCCACACCAAACACCGAUCUCGACUCUUACCAACCCUAACUGGCACGGUCUGUUGGCGUCCGAGCCGGAAGACUCUGCGUACAAUCUCCCUUUCUAUCGCGGUCGAUUGACCGCAUUGGUAGAGAACAUGCUUUCCAGCGAUUCGUAUUCACCACUUGACCUUGCCCAAUUGCAUCAUGAUAUCGGGUAUGGGUCAGGGAAAUUGCGAAGGCUGUUCCGGACAAAACGUCUGUCUCUUCUGGGAACUGGAUCGCGGUCUCUUCGGGCGGGUGAUGAGAUUUGGAUUCUAGGUGGUGGUAAAGUGCCAUACGUUCUUCGUCCUGCCAAAGGCAGGGCAGAUGGCGAAGGUCUGGGUGAGAGAACGCAUGGUUUGGUUGGCGAGGCAUACGUCCACGGCCUGAUGCACGGCAAUCCUCGGCGGUUUGAAUUGGACAUGUUGAAGACGGUCUUGGUUUGA